AUGUGCAAAUCCGGUAAAUUGUAUAAAAUGUACAAAAACUCUACGCACUCACAAAAUCGUCGCGCUGUCACUGCCAGCCAUCAUGCUGAUCGACAAGGUUGUCAAACUUUCGGAAAAGCGAUAAGUUGUCGGAGUGAGAGAAGCACACAAAAACACUGCGUAAAUAUCAGUUUUCUCAGGAUAAUCAAUUCAUUUUUGCAUAGUUUGAGGUGGAAAAAGACCAAAGACUGUCCUUUCUGUGGAAUGGCACUGAACAUCCGGAAGAUUAUCACUCCUGUUUAUGCAAAUUACGCACUGAGAUCUGUGAGAUUCUUCGCAUCAGAAAAUGCCAAAGUAGACCCCAAUUCGGCUCUCAAGUUGACUGACUCUUGUGUGAAGAGGCUCAGGGAGAUUUGCACGGAUGGAUCCUUUCUCAGAGUGUCUGUCGACGGUGGCGGAUGCUCGGGAUUUCAGUACAAGUUUGACUUCGACACAAAGAUCAACAACGAUGAUAUCGUGUUUGGAGCGAAAGAGGCGAGAGUGGUGGUGGACAACAUUUCCCUCGACUACUGUGCCGGCGCCACGCUGAACUACAAGGAGGAACUGAUAAGAUCGGGCUUUGUGAUGGAGGGAAACCCGAAGGCGGAUCAGGGAUGCUCAUGCGGAGCUUCGUUUUCCAUCAAACUCGACUAGAAUUUUGUGAUAAAUUUCAAUAAUUAUCAAUGCAAAA